UGAGCUUCUUUUCCCCAGACGCACAACGUUGGACGCAUUCACAGGUUUGUUCCGAGGGGAUUGUUGCAAGAACAAUUAUGAUGGCGACGACAAGAGUCUCGCACGAUGGACAAGCACCUUCUGUGGUGCCAAAUGGUGAGGUGGGGAUAGCGUCCACUAUUCAGCAACGGGCACCGUAUGCCGAUAACCCAACUCUUGGGUUGGUACCAUUAAGUGCAACAGAGAUAUUUCUUCAACGACUGACGGGUUGGAGCCAGCUGGUCAAGCGCCUUAUUAAUCAGUUCGAAAUGGUCGUUGACCAUCAGAAACGCUUGGCAGAAGCUUAUGGGCGUUGCGCAAAGGAGUUUGCUGCUCCUGUGAAGACAAAGGAAGGUGACGAUGUCUUUGGUGGAGAGGAAACAACCCAGCUUCUCUUUCGUAGCAUUCAACAGUCGCAUCAAAAAACAGCCCAAGAGAACACCGAAGCCGCUGCCAUGAUCGAAACCCAUGUAGUGCCAACUCUUCGCGCUCUUCUUGCCGAUCUACGAAAGAAGGCUUCGGAUGCGGACAGGGAGUGGGUUGGAUUGGAUAAAGAGUUGUUGAGAGAUAAGGACCUCUAUGUCAAAUUGACGUCUCAACUCAAACUGUCGCUGAGCAAACAUCAUGGAGAGACGGCUGAGAGUGGUGAAAAGGAAAGCAUAGUGGUGAAGGAUCCAUGGGCUGCAAAUAUCAACAUCAAGCGGCACAUCACCAAUUGUAUAUACAAACAGGAGCAUUACCGUCAAGUCCUUCUUAGCCAGCAAGAACAUUUUGCAACAUUUGAGCAAUCCAUUGUUCAGACACUACGAAUUACAUUGUCCACCUUCUUCGAUUGGCAGUCCAAAGAUCUCGCAUCUACCCAGGACACCUUUAAGCGGCUCAAGGCUACCCUCCACACCCUGGAUCCUGUUAAGGAUUGGGCGGAAUUCACACAACGGCAUGCGGAUCGCAUUGUUGAGAAGGAUGUGCCAGUAGUUAAGGAAAGUGAAGUUGUAUAUGAAGGGCGAGAUGACCCACUCGUCUCCGCCCACAAAGAGGGGCUAAUGUACCGGCGUGAUACGGGGAUGAAGUUUGGCUUCAGAAAAAAUUGGAAGGAGACCUUGGUAGUUGUCACCGCGGCAGGAUACUUGCACGCACUACCGCCAGCUCAAUCUGCACAGCAGCAGAGUCAACAGGAUGGUGAAGAGGCAAAGACUGAACCUGAGUUAAGCGUGUAUCUCCCUGACUGCAUGAUUGGCCCUUUGAUGAUGAAUGAAAAGGAGCCAGAGGAGUUUGUAGUUCAGGAAAAAACGGCUGGCUUGUUUGGUGGAGAAAGAAGGCAUAAGUUCAAAGGCGCUAACAUGGACCAAUCGGCGAUGUGGUGGGGUUACCUUUCUGAACGCGUUCGAACAACGCGAAACCGUGUGGAUAUGCAUCCUACAUCACCUUCGCCCCAGAUUCCAUCUAGUACCGCGAGGCGAGCAUCUCUGGACGUCAACCCUGCUGCAAGGCAAUCUACCAGCGGCGGCAUAGCCGUAGAUCCUUUGGCAGGGUCAGCUGUAGCCACUUCAGCCGCCACAGCGUCUACAGCAGCUCGGCCAAAACGAGAUCCACUUGGGGUUGGUACGGCCAAAUCGAUCUCAAAGCCGGUACGGCUGUCAGCCCAACCUCAGCCCGUUCAACCUACACACGCUGUAACAGCGGUGGCAGCAGAAAGUGCUCUCCAAAACACAUCUGGAGAUCAAAUCAAGACAUCUUCCGACGACGACGACGACACACCACUUGGCCUCUCUAUCAAAAUCCCAUCACAAGAACAGAAACACGACGAACCCGCGCCUUCUGUUCAGUUCCAAACUGAAUCCGCAAAACUUAAGCUGUCCCUUACUGAGCAAAUGGAGAAGGCUCUAUCCAGUGCUGUGAAGGAGGAAGAUGACCUAUCCAGCCCAGCACAUACCUUUGGAGCGGACCCAUGGGGGAACCCCACAGACUUGUGGGGAAGCAGUGCUUCACUGGCUGAUUCGUUUGCAGAGUCAGCAGGUAACGCUAGCCUUUCUAGUGCAAUGGCUAGAGCUGCGAGAUUGGGUGAAUUAGAGGAUGAGGAUCUUGGCGGCUCUGCGUGGGCAUAGUUUGAAGUUAGAAUAGCGGAUAGCAUAUUUUUGUAGCGAUUUGAUUCUUGGGCUUUAUAAUUUUCCAUGUAUUUAUUUUCUUGCUCUACAUUGUACAUCCUUCUGCAUGUGCCAAGAUGCCUCACCGGCUCAUGAGACGGCACAACACCUUGCUGAGAUCGUCUUUCCGUACUCGUCAAUUGCGAUAUGCGUCUUUAGAAACUCAUAACGCAGGGAAAUUUAUCCUCA